AUGAAGGAUCCGGAGGCACAAGCCCAGCUUCGUGCGAAGGAUCUGUCACGCCUGGACGAUGAUUUUGAGAGAUACUUCGGGCGUGAGGACAGAGCCGAGGAGGACAACUUCGGAUGUACAUUGACGCGCACAGAGCAGAUAGGCGCCUGGAUACAGGCACACUCAGAGAUUCCCAUUCAGUCAAUUAUUCUUCAAGGCUCUCAGACACGAGGCACGUCCCUUGCAUGGCGCUGGUGGGAACUCGAUGGAGCUGGCGAUUGCCAUUGCAUACUGCUUUGUGACCGCGAUUGGUUGCAUUGCAAAGGGUCAGCAGCCGUUGGUGAACUGCAGAGGGUGCUGCGGAAAUGGGCAGCAUCUCAGCAUUUGGAGGACCACGAAGCGGGUUGGGAGUCAGUUGAAGUGAGCGAAGGUAGAUGCGGCGCUGUUCUGUUGAUGAAGGGUGCUUCGCUGGGAAUGCCCGAUGAGGCUGCGGACUUCGUCCUGGCGCAUUCGGCGAGCGGUGAGGAUGGAGGAGAGCCAGGUUCCAUCCUUGUGUUCGACUGGAUUCUCCGGCGGUGGCGAGGAAACAAUCCACAGCAGGUGAGACGAAUUGCUGAGGAGACGGCGGCCAGAUGCCCAGAGUUUCCAAUGAUGGUGCGGAUCCUGAAGCAGUGGAAUGAGUGGUGCCCGCGACUGCGCAAGAACUCGCAGGGUGAACACAAGCACCCGUUCACUGGCUUGCAUUUUGAAAUGGCUUUGUGCCUGCAGCAUGAAGGGUAUCAAGAUACGCAGUGGGCGGAGAUGCUAUGUGGACGGAGGGAGGUCCAGCACCAAAUUCAUAAGAUUGACAUUCUCAUUGCAGCUGCAGAGCAUGUAGCCGCAACCCUCAACCAGCCGAUUGCAACUCCUGGAGAUGACCUGCCGGCCAAUGAGGCCAUGCUGGCGGACCCUUCCCUAGUCGAAUGCACAGGACAGUUGUUGGAGGAGUUUCUUUUGGUGCUUCACUACGUCCGACGCAACCCAUCAGUGUCAGGGGAGUUCUUGAAAUUUGCCGUUCGGCGGGAGCCCUGGACCUUGAACGAAGCAAGAGCUGCCAGUUCUGAGUAA